CGUCUCAACUGUGCGUCAGUAAGGCGCCCAUUUCUGAACCCGCGCGUCCGUCGGUUGAGGAUGAAUAGCCGGCUGCAGGAGAUCCGGGAGAGGCAGAAAUUGCGGCGGCAGCUCCUGGCCCAGCAGUUGGGGGCCGAAAGCGCCGAUAGUAUUGGUGCAGUGUUGAAUAGCAAAGAUGAACAGAGGGAGAUUGCUGAAACAAGAGAAACUUCCAGGGCUGCUUAUGACACAUCUGCAUCAAAUGCCAAACGCAAAUACCCAGAUGAGGGAGAAGCAGACGAAGAGGAAAUAGAAGAAUAUAAGGAUGAAGUAGAGCUGCAGCAAGAUGAAGAGAACUUGCCAUAUGAGGAAGAAAUUUACAAGGACUCCAGUACUUUCCUUAAGGGAACCCAAAGCUUAAAUCCUCACAAUGAUUAUUGCCAGCACUUUGUGGAUACUGGGCACAGACCUCAGAACUUCAUCAGAGAUGUGGGCUUGGCAGAUAGAUUUGAAGAAUAUCCGAAGCUUCGGGAGCUCAUUAGGUUGAAGGAUGAGCUAAUAUCUAAAUCCAACACGCCUCCAAUGUAUCUGCAAGCUGACUUGGAAGCUUUUGAUCUUCGUGAACUCAAGUUCAAGUUUGAUGUUAUUCUUAUGGAGCCACCUUUAGAAGAAUACUACAGGGAGACUGGUAUUACAGCUAAUGAGAAAUGCUGGACUUGGGAUGAUAUUAUGAAGCUAGACAUUGAAGAACUUGCUGCUCCACGAUCAUUUGUCUUUCUGUGGUGUGGUUCUGGGGAGGGUCUAGAUCUUGGCAGAGUGUGUUUGCGCAAAUGGGGCUAUCGAAGAUGUGAGGAUAUCUGUUGGAUUAAAACCAAUAAAAACAACCCUGGGAAAACCAAAACUCUGGACCCUAAGGCUGUCUUUCAAAGAACAAAGGAACACUGCCUUAUGGGUAUUAAAGGAACAGUCCGCCGUAGUACAGAUGGAGACUUCAUCCAUGCAAAUGUUGACAUUGACUUAAUUAUCACGGAAGAGCCAGAAAUUGGCAAUAUAGAGAAACCAGUGGAAAUCUUUCACAUCAUUGAACAUUUUUGUCUUGGGAGAAGACGGCUUCAUCUCUUUGGAAGGGACAGCACAAUCCGACCAGGCUGGCUAACAGUGGGACCCACAUUGACCAACAGUAACUUCAAUGCAGAAACAUACACUUCUUAUUUCACAGCUCCAAAUUCCCACCUCACUGGCUGUACAGAAGAGAUUGAGAGACUCCGGCCUAAAUCACCGCCACCCAAAGACCGGGGAGGUGGUGCUCCAAGGGGCGGAGGAAGAGGUGGAACUUCAGCUGGCCGAGGAGAAAGGGGAAGGGAGAGAAAUCGAACUAAUUUCCGGGGGGAAAGGGGUGGAUUCCGGGGUGGACGGGGUGGUGCCCACCGGGGAGGCUUUCCUCCUCGCUGAAUGCAUUCCACUUUUAAUGUUGUCCUGCCUUAAUACUACCAAUUAUCUGUAUUUUGAAACUAUUAUUUCCAAAUUAUUUUUUAAAUAUUCAUGCUAUGCAUGCACCCCAUUGCAGUCCUUUCACAUUCCACAGUUAUAUUCUUUGAUUCUGUUUUCGCAAUCAUAAUCCCUUUUAUGAAAACUCAGGAUUUGCAGUUUAGUAUUCUUAGCCGUUCAUGCAUCUCCACAAACUAUAAAUCCCAAGAUUGCAUAGGAUGCAACCAUGCCUAUUAAAGUGGAACCAUAGUACUAUAAUUGUGUAAUGUGAAAGAGUCCCUAGACAUGACACAGCAUUCUAUUUGAGGAGCAGUAUUCAGAACUUCUCAUUUGGUCUCAAUUUUUUUUCCUUUUAAAAACUCAGUUUUGAUCAUAGUAGCUAACCACUGAACAGAGUUAAUCAUUUGCCCAACAGACAAGCCUUCCUGAUCUGGCACACUUCAGGUUUAUUGGACUAUAACUUUAACCUUUGGCUGUAUUGGAUGGAGAUUGUUGUAGUUGGAAGGUGUGAGAUAGGAAAUGGAUUGCAUUUUAAAUAUCUUUAAUGAUUUGUGUAAAAUAUUGUGGUUUAAAAAAAAGCUGGUUAAUGAUACAUGGAAAGCAAAGAACAAGAUUGUUAUGAGUAUUUUUAUAUCAUAUGUCUGUAUAACAACACAUAGUCUGCCUAGUGUUAAAUCCAAUGUUACACCCAACUGGAGCAAACUCAACAAAAUGAAAGAGAUUAGUUCGUCCCCCCACUAUAUAAAUCCCGCUAUAUAUAAUAGGAACUGUUGCAGAAUUUGCCAUGAAUGAGGAAUCCAUAGUCAGAUCUUUUUUGAGUGUAAAUUCUUUUCCACCUUUAGAAGGGAGAUUUUGACAAAUCCUGUGGAUCCCUCCCAGAGUCUGCAGGUUUGUAACUUAACUUUGGAUAAAAUACUGCUUGUAAAAGCAAGCCUGUUCAUUAUUAUCAUAGUGAAAUGCUAUUUUCCCAUGUAAAUAUCAAUAGGAAGAAGAGUGAGGUUUUUUUGGCCCAGAUAAUAUUCCUGUAGAGAGUUGGUGUCAUUGAUUAUUUGUUUCCAAUAGAUAACCAUUGGGUGUUGUAAGAAUUAAGUUUAAGGUCAAAAUCUUUUCCUUGAAAACAAACUUUUAAAUGUCUUUUAAAGUGAAAACAAUGGAAUUUAUUUUACUGUUUUGAUAAAUAUCAUUUUACUGGAGAUGUGCUUUUGUUUUAAUUCAGAAAGAGAAAUAUUUUCUUAAGGUUCUUGGUUUUUACUUUCCAACUUCUGCUUUAAAUGUUUCUAGUUUUGCUGUAAGAACUCGAUUACUAUUUGUACAUCAUUAGUGUUUUUGGUUCUGUGUUGAUGACAGUACAGUAAAAGGAGAUUGGUGAGCGUUUUACUUGUGAUUAAGCUCUUUGAAAUUCUCAUGAUUUCCAAUUAGUAUACUAAUUAUAUGUAAUUUUUAGAACAGUUUUUAUUAAAAACAAAAAAAUCAGAA